AGGACGUUGAGAGCUCACAAGACAAGAGGAGGGAACUUUAACAGUCCAUUCAGGGCUAAAACCCUAAAAACAGAGCCCAGAGCAGAGUCUUUCUCUCUCUCUUUUGCGUUGAGCUGCCUUCAUAUUCUCCUACUAAUUUGUUUUUCUUUUAUUUUUUUUGGCUUCACCUUCAUUGUUUUUUCAAUUUCCAUUACUGAAGUGCUUUGCACAGCCUUCCAUGGCAAACCUUCUUCGAAACGCUUCUUCUCUGAGACGUGCUCUACUUUCUCCCGAGGUCUUAAGGAGAGGAAUAUUGGGGAUGUCUUCUCAGAGUUGCAAUUUUUCCACUAAAGGUAGAAGAAGAUCAAAGUCGGAUGGAAGUGAAUCCAGUGAAGACAACUUGUCCAAGAAGGAGGUGGCUCUACAACAAGCCCUGGAUCAGAUUACUAGCACGUAUGGAAAGGGGUCUAUCAUGUGGUUUGGCAGGUCAAUUGCCGCAAAAGAUGUUCCAGUGGUGUCCACGGGUUCUUUUGCUCUUGACAUAGCACUUGGAACUGGGGGGCUUGCAAAGGGGCGUGUUGUGGAGAUUUAUGGUCCUGAGGCUUCUGGGAAAACCACUCUUGCUCUACAUGUAAUUGCUGAAGCGCAGAAGCAAGGAGGUUAUUGUGUUUUUGUUGAUGCUGAGCAUGCUCUUGACUCAUCAUUGGCUCAGGCCAUUGGAGUAAACACUGAAAACUUGCUUCUAUCACAACCUGACUGUGGCGAACAGGCUCUCAGCCUGGUGGACAUGCUUAUAAGGAGUGGUUCUGUGGAUGUUGUGGUUGUUGACAGUGUAAGUAAAGUAGCUGCCCUUGUGCCUAAAAGUGAGCUUGAUGGUGAGAUGGGUGACGCUCACAUGGCAAUGCAAGCUAGAUUGAUGAGCCAGGCGCUACGCAAAUUGAGCCAUUCUUUAUCGCUGUCACAGACAAUUUUGAUCUUUAUAAAUCAAGUGAGGUCAAAGAUUAGUACCUUUGGAGGAUUUAGUGGGCCAACUGAAGUAACUUGUGGCGGUAAUGCUUUGAAGUUCUAUGCUUCAGUGCGCUUAAACAUAAGAAGGGUGGGGCUUGUAAAGAAGGGGGAAGAGACUGUAGGAAGUCAAGUUCAAGUGAAGAUUGUAAAGAAUAAACUUGCUCCCCCAUUUAAAACUGUCCAAUUUGAACUUGAAUUUGGAAAGGGAAUAUGUCGAGAAUCAGAGAUCAUAGAUUUGGGGGUAAAACACAAAUUCCUUGGCAGGGCUGGUGCGUUUUACAAUUACAACGGUCAGAAUUUCCGUGGAAAGGAAGCUCUUAGACGGUUUCUAGCUGAAAAUGAUGUUGAACGGGAAGAACUUGUGAUGAAGCUCAGGCAGAAGCUACUUGAUUUUGGCUCGAAUAAGGAACAGGGAACAGAGGCUACUGAUGGGGAACCUGUAGAAGGAAUCAUUUCACCUGAUUCUACCGAUGAAGAAGUAGUUACUGCAGUAGAGGCUUAGUGUGGAUUUACAGGACAUUGUAGAUUGGGGUUAUCCUGCUAGAUUCCCUGGUAUGAAUCAGUUUUCAAAGGGAUUCUGUAAUCCCCAUUUCCUGCUGAUUAAUAUGAUGUGGUAUUUCAGGCGGCAAAAGCUACCAUUGCAAUGCUUGUAUAUACACAUGGCAUUAGUUAAAUGUAAGCUGGUUAAUUUUUGUAGCUUUACGCAGGCCAAGCGCAAAUUUCUUUAGAUGUUGUCCAACCCCAUUGUGUAUGCAAACAUUAAGUUUAGUAAUGAAAGUCCACAAUUUUUUUUUUCUUGUA